GCUUGCUAAGUUCUCCUCCAUACUCCAGAAGCAUACAAGAAACCGAUUACUGUGCCUUUUGCUCCAACAUACAAAUCCUAUAGCGCUGCCUACCCAUCCAUCCUCGGCUCCAGGAAGCUAAAAAAGGCUAAACUACUGCUCGUCGUAAGAAAAUGCAAGCGAGUGAUUUCAAAGGCAAAGUUUGUGAAGAAUCCAGGAAAAUAUGGAGGGUUGCAUUGCCAAGUAUUUUAUCAAGAGUCACUUCAUUUGGAACUGUAAUUGUGACUCAAUUAUUUGUUGGACAUAUAAGUUCAUUGGAUCUUGCUGGCUAUGCUCUUGUUCAAACCAUAUGUGUUCAAUUUGUAAAUGGAAUACUGAUAGGAAUGUCGAGUGCAACUGAAACUCUCUGUGGACAAGCAUUUGGAUCAGAGCAAUACCAUAUGUUGGGUAUUUUCUUGCAAAGAUCAUGGCUUGUGAAUCUCAUCACACUAACAAUCUUACUUCCUGUUUUUAUCUUUGCGACGUCAAUCUUUAAACUACUUGGCGAGGAAGAAGCUAUAGCGAAAUCUGCUGGAUACAUUUCUCUGUGGAGCAUCCCAGUUAUUUACAGUAUAAUUUUUUCUACUACGAUCCAAAUGUAUCUACAAGCACAACAAAAGAACAUGGUUAUCGCAUGGCUAUCCAUCAUGCAAUUUGUAAUCCACAUUGCCAUGUCAUGGCUUUUCAUAUGCAAACUUGACUGGGGAAUUGCUGGUGCCAUGGGGGCGCUGUGCAUAUCUUCGUGGUUAUUGGUUGUCGGAGAAUUUGUAUACAUCUUCGGAGGUUGGUGCCCUGAUACAUGGACGGGAUUCACUACAGGUGCAUUCAAGGAUAUGUUGCCAAUGGUGAAAUUUUCAGUAUCUUCUGGUGUGAUGAUUUGCUUAGAGUUGUGGUACAAUUCCAUUCUGGUUUUACUAGCAGGAUACAUGAAAAAUGCCAAGGUUGCCAUAUCCGCCAUUUCUAUUUGCCUUAAUGUCAUUGGAUGGGAAUUCAUGGUUAGCCUCGGAAUUUUGGGUGCUGCGUGCGUUCGAGUUUCAAACGAGCUCGGGAGAGGAGACGCAAAGGCUGUUAAGUUUUCGAUUAAAGUCCUGAUCAGUACAUCAGUCUUAAUAGGGUUAUUCUUUUGGGUUCUUUGCUUUGUUUUUGGCAAUAAAAUCGGAUACUGGGUCACUAACGACGAAGAAGUUGCACGAAAUGUUGCUGAUCUUUCUCUUCUACUUGCUUUCUCAGUUUUGCUCAAUGGUAUUUUCCCAGUAUUCUCAGGGGUGGCUAUUGGAGCUGGUUUACAGAAGACUGUAGCAAUCAUUAAUGUUGUUUGUUUCUAUAUAAUUGGAAUACCAAUUGGGGCUUUACUUGGAUAUGUGACUCAUCUUCAAGUUAAGGGAAUAUGGAUCGGGAUGAUGUGUGGAGUUCUUACUCAAACACUUGCAUUGAGCUUCAUGGUAUGGAGAACAGAUUGGGAAGAACAGGUAUCUAAAGCUUCAGCACGCCUCAAAAAGUGGUACUUGAAGUCUUCUGAUGAGUCUAAUCAGAAGCCUGAUCAAGCUUGAGUUUAAAACCAAAGACAAAUUUCUACAACUUUUGGCUGCAAAUCUCAUGCUUUUUGAGUUUUUGUAGUUUUAUUAGAGCUUGAAUUUGCAUUACUAGUUCCCUAGUAGACAUUGAAAUUCCACUUUUACUUGAAUUACAAGUGAUGAUAAAGAAACUAGAUUGAAUGCC